AUGGCGGACCAUGUUUUGCAAGCUCGGAUUUUAACUGGUACGCGAGUUGGUAAGAUAGUUCUCAUCCCUAGGAUGUUGAUAUCACCAUCAGAUACUAGGUUGCCUUUCAAAAUGCGCCGAAGACAGUUCCCAGUGUCAGUUGCUUUUGCAAUGACUAUCAAUAAGAGUCAAGGUCAAUCUCUGGAAAAUGUUGGUAUAUACUUGCCUAGACCCGUUUUCUCCCAUGGUCAGUUAUAUGUAGCAAUGUCAAGAGUUAAAUCAAAAGAGACGGAACCAGAAGAGGAAGAACAAGAAGCACGAUGUGCAUCUUUAACAGGUAAGCGAAAGCUGGAAGAUGAUUUGGGGACCAAACCCACUCUCAAGAAACAAAAGAAAAAAUCCAAGAACAAGGACACAACCAAAGAAUCUGCUGAUAGUCUCAAGCAGGUUGAGUUGUUAGAGCCAAAGUCUGAUCAGGCUAAUGUGAUCUCAGCGAAGGAAGCUGCCGUAGGAAAAAAGACUCUCUUUGUUGACAAUCUCCCUUGCGAAACUAAAAUACCAAAUAUCAUCCAUUUCUUUAAAAAUGUUGGACAAGUUGUUUGUGUUCGACUUGUUGUAGACUACAAUUUUAAGCUUGUGGGCUGUGCCUUUGUUGAGUUCUCUUCUGCUGACGAAGCAGAGAAGGCGCUGGAAAAGAAGAACGGUGAAUAUUUGCAAGAUAAUAAGAUUGUUCUUGAUGUGGCUGAUAAGGGAGCUACAUACCUUCCACCCAAGUAUUGCAUAGAUCACAAGGUUUGGUAUGAAGAAGACCUUCGACGAGAAAGCCUUCCGAUAGAAGAGGAAGAUGAGACACCCAAUUUUGUUGAGGAACUACUCUUUGUUGCCAAUCUCUCUCCCCAAACUAAAGUAUCAGAUAUUUCCGAUUUCUUCAAUUAUGUUGGAGGAGUUGUUAGUGUUCGACUUAUUGUAAACCACGAGGGUAAGCAUGUCGGCUAUGGAUUUGUUGAGUUUGCUUCUGCUAAAGAAGCAAAGAAGGCGCUGGAAAAGAAGAAUGGUGAAUAUUUACACGAUCGUAAGAUUUUUCUUAACGUGUCUAAGACAGCUCCAUACCCUCCACGACCCAAGUACAACCUUGCAGAGAAGCUUUGUUAUGAAGACUACCUUCGACGAGGAAGCUUUCUGGUAGAAGAAGAUGGGGCAGUGGAUAGACUUGUUCAGGCAGUUGCCCUAAGAAAAAAUACGCUUUUUGUUGCCCAUCUCUCGCGCAAAACUGAAAUAUCACAUAUCAUCGAUCUCUUUAAAGAUGUUGGAAAAGUUGUUCAUGUUCGACUUAUUGUAAACCACAAUGGCAAGCAUAUGGGCUGUGGCUUUGUUGAGUUUGCUUCUGCUAACGAAGCAAAAGAGGCGCUGGAAAAGAAGAACGGUGAAUACUUGCACAAAUGCAAGAUUUUUCUUGAAGCGGCCGAGAUAGCUCUAUACCGUCCACCCAAGUAUUGCAUAGAUCACAAGGUUUGGUAUGAAGACUACCUUCGACGAGAAAGCCUUCUGAUAGAAGAUGAGGCAGUUGAAGGACUUGAUGAAACCCCCGCUUUUGUUGAGGAAGUUGCUGUAAAUAAAAAGACGCUCUUUGUUGCCAAUCUCUCUCACGAAACUAAAAUAUCACAUAUCAUCGAUUUCUUCAAAGAUAUUGGAGAAGUUUGUCGUGCUCGACUUAUUGUAAACCACACGGGUGAGCAUGUGGGCUGUGGCUUUGUUGAGUUUGCUUCAGCUGACAAAGCAAAGAAGGCGCUGCAAAAAAAGAAUGGUGAAACUUUGUGCCAUCAUAAGAUAUAUCUUGACGUGGCUGAGCUAGCUCCAUACCCUCUCCGACCCAAGUACAACCUUGCAGAAAGGCUUUGGUGCGAACGAGAAAGCCUUCUGAAGAAACAUAAGAAGAAAGAGAAGGCACGUAAGAAGUUCGAAUUCUGCGGUACAAAGAUUACCUUCUCUUACGACGAAGACUGAUAGAAGAAGAUGAAUCUCUUUGGUGUGUUAAACUUGUGACGACAAUGCAACUUAUUUUUAUUACUUUCUUAUGUUCUUUUGUGUGAAAAACUUUGUUGUUAAACCAUGAUCUGCCUUCACUAUUACCUAUGUAUAUGAUUUGGUUGUCAAGACAGUAGUGCCCUGAGCGAGGUACACAAACAAAUUUACUUUUGUCAUAUUGAGUCUCAACUUGAUUAGGUAGCUUCAAGUUUUCA